AUGGAUGUGCAACAACAACUCGAACGAAAUGAAUACCUCAUGUGCCGUCCUCGUGCCCCUUCCACCAAUGCAGCAGUAUUCACGGAGAUGGACGGCCCUAUGCGUACUACCCAAAGUGACCCCGCAUCUGUGCACAUUGAACGCCUCGAACGCUUUGAUUCCGAGAAAGAAUCCAGGAGGCAGCAUCAGAUCAGUAUUGAGAUGUGGAAGGAAGCUGACGAGGAGAUCACUCAAUUAUUUGUUUUGAUGGCAGAGUGCACAUGGGAUCAAGUAAUGGGAGAAGUCCAUUCACUGUCAGUUAGAUGGUCCACGAACCCAAAGAAAGCAUCUAAAUCGGUGGUGUAUUUGGAAAAGAUUGGAAAGAAUUCAGACGCGUUGAAAGCCUGGCUGGACUUGCUACCGGAAGGUGACUAUGGCUCGAGCAUAUGUGGUAUUUUUACACUUGCAAUUGGGGCUGUUGGCGCCUUCACCAAGGUAGAGACUAUCAUCCUCGAAACACUAUCAGAGAUACCAGAGGUCAUGGAUGAUGCCAAACGGUACAUCGAGAUAUACGGCAUAUAUCGAGACCAGCGUCUUGAGAGAAAAACAUUCGAGCUCUAUCUGUCCAUUCUCACGGCUCUGAAGCACAUUAUGCAGUUUUUCGCGGACAGCUCUUGGAGCAAGGUAUAUCAACCCAUACUAAAGCAGCAAUCAUACAAGAGCGAUCUGAUCGAGAGCUGCAAUGAUAUCAGAUUAAAAGCGAAGCGAGUCAAGAACGAAGCCCAGAUCUGUAUGCAGGAACGCAACGUCAAUUUGAAUGAAGCAUUUCAUCUACAGCAGGCUACUUUGGACGAUUUGAACGAGAAAGCGGACCGGAUCCUCGCUACUUCGAAUAUAUACUAUCAACUCAUUCGCGAGCUCGAAAUUCAGUUUCGUCACAGCUGCGCGGCCAAACAUCCGCAAGUCGCUAAGGAUAAGAGGCUUUCAGAAUAUGAACACAAGCGCGAUUUGGAACGGGCGAAAGACUUGCUAGAAGUAUUGAGCUACGACCCCGACAUCGUUCUUAGAGACACCAUGACGUGUCUCCACCUCGGAGCGGCCUUGGAGGAGGCCGGGAAGGCUAGAGCGGCAGCUCUCAUCAGGAAUCCUAUAUUCAAGGCAUUCCUGACGAAAAGCGCUUCAUCCGGUACCCUGCUUAUUAACGGAAACGAAGAUAUCUCCAAUGCAGAAGGGGUCUCACCUCUCAGCCUUGUGGCAGCCAGGCUUGCCCAGAUAUCCGAGCACAACGAGACCACCCAAGGCCUUACCCUGAGAUACUUUUGCGCCGAACACAGCCCCUACGGCAAGGUUCUUACAGGCCAGCUCGUCAGUCACAUGGUGAGCCGGUCUGUCGCGAUCGACCUCUCCUUUUUGGGACAUGGCGAUUGUGAUGUUCUCGGGAAGCUCAACCUUAAACUGAUGUGCACCGCCUUCUUCAAACUUGUGAAGCAGCUGCCGUCGGGAACAGUCAUCUUGUGCAUCCUCGACGAGGCCGCCUUGUACGAGACAGAUGUCGAAUGA